CGCGUCGCAAAGCAUCAAGCUUUCUUUGCAAUCAAAUUCACGUCAACCUACCACAUCUGCCAUUGUUCUUCUUUAUGCAGCAAAUGUUUUGCCUACAAAUGACUGCAUAGAAUCAUCUCUCAACCAGCACAAUGGCAGCUCCGACGCCCAAGGUCGACCGCCAAACCACGACACCUUUCCUUCUGAAACUAUUCUAUAGAAGCGGCACGUUCCACCGCCUCGAGGAAUUCUCCCCAAACACCCAAAGCCCACCCCACCUCCAAAUCUACACCUGGCCCACCUGCACCCUGAAGGAACUCACCCACCUCCUCCUCACCGCCUUACCCUCCCUCCUACCCUCACCAGCCGUCGGCACACGCCUCGCCUUCCGCCUCGUCUUCCCCGACACCAAGGACGCCAACCGCCCCGGCCCCGGGCGCUACCUCGCAAAAGAACUCGGCAGCAUCAUCGUCGGCGCCGGAAACGCAACCUACGAGGAUCUCGACGCGGCAGACGCGCGGAAUGGGAACGAGAAUGGCGCAAAAGAGGAUGUGAGGGAGGUGUUGAGCCGGCUGGAGGGCGAUGCGGACAAGAGUCUUGCGAGCGUGAGGUUUGUUAUCGGGGACUAUGUGUCGUGCGCUGUGUUUCCCCCGCUGCCGGGCGGAGAGGUUGCGGCUGCGCCGCCGCCGUUGAGUGCGCCGUUUCGAGGGCCGCCGGGUGGAGGCUAUGGCGGGAGGGGUGGCAUGGGGCCCAGGGAAAAUGGGUUUGGUGGGAGGGGAGAUUAUGGCGGGUUUAGGGGAAGGGGAGGACCGAGGUUUGAGGGGAGGGGAGGCGUGCCAUCUGGAGAGUGGAGGAGGGGGGAAGUGCCACAGGGGCCGCCUCAAGGGUUUGGGAGGGGGAGGGGGAGGGGCAGAGGUUGGUGA